CUGUCAUUUCCUUGGAAUGCCAGGUGGAAUUUUAGGUUAUUCCGUGAAUAUUGUUAUAAAUAAUUACUAAUUCCUCGGAAAGUUUACAUUUAACGGUGCGCCAUGAAGAUCUACACCAACGAGAAUAAUACCUCCACGCUAAAGCUGCUCAUAGCGGCUAAUUUAGCUGGGAAAAAAGUGGAGUUGAAGAGUGCGACUUUCGGAGACGAUGUAUUCGCAGGCCCGCGCCAGCUGCCGCUGUUAGAAGUGGACGAUCAGCUCACGUUCUUCUCCAGUAAUGCGGCCAGCCAGUUCCUGUUUCCCGUGCUGGAUCUCUCGGAGAACGGACAGUGCCAACAGAUGCAAGAGUGGGAAGCGACGCGUCUGCAGCCCUCAGUGGCAGCAGUCCUCUCAUCAAAAGUCCCUCCCUCCGACGUGAAGCAAGCACUUCAAGCAAACCUAACCGUCGUGGACUCACUGUUGGGGACUAACAAGUUUAUAUUAGGGAACAAGCUAUCAGCAGCGGACAUCUCAAUAUGGAGCACUUUAUACCCUCUGUGCUACAACACCGAACUGAAGCAGUACACAGCGGAGUUUAAGCACAUAGCGCGGUGGGCGGAAGAAUUGGCGGCGGCGAAGGCGAUACAGGAAGCGUUAAAACAAUGGAAUGGUUCUCCCAACGGGCCUUUCGGCGCAUCAUCAGCGUUGGGGGCGCCGCAACUGGCCAGCCUGUUGUCUCCUGUGGGGUCACCAGAAGAAGUAGAGACAGGCCCAACGGCGGAUGAGAUCGAAGCGGCCAAAGAGAACUGGCUGAAUGGACACAAGAAUCUGCAGCCAGCACUCAAGGAAGAAAAAGUCGUAUUGCCAGUAAAAGGACGCAAGAACAUCCUCAUCACCUCCGCGUUGCCAUACGUAAAUAACGUUCCGCAUUUAGGCAACAUUAUUGGCUGUGUGCUCUCUGCAGACAUAUUUGCUAGAUAUUGUCGAUUAUGUGACUACAACACCCUGUAUAUUUGUGGAACGGACGAAUACGGUACGGCUACUGAAACUAAGGCGAUAGAGGAAGGGCUGACUCCGCAGCAGAUCUGCGACAAGUACUUCGAGAUCCACAACGCGGUGUACCGCUGGUUCAACGUCGGCUUCGACUACUUCGGCCGGACCAGCACUAAGGAGCAGACUGAAAUCUCACAAAAGAUGUUUUUGAAGCUGAAAGACAAUGGAUUCGUCAGCUCGCAAUCCGUCGAGCAGUUGCUUUGCGAGAAAUGCGACCGAUUCCUGGCUGACAGAUUCGUAGAAGGCACGUGUCCGCACCCCGGCUGUUUAUACGACAACGCUCGCGGCGAUCAAUGCGACAAGUGUGGGAAACUUAUUAACGCGAUCGAACUCAUCUCACCACGAUGUAAAGUGUGCGGCCACACACCUACGGUAAAACCUAGCAGUCAGCUGUUUAUUGAGUUGGGGCAGCUGGAACCAUCCCUCCGUACUUGGAUAAGUGCCACCGAAGGCCAGUGGUCGCCGCCCGCGCGCGCGGUUUGCCGUGCGUGGUUGCGUGAACCACUACGAGCCAGGGCUGUCACCAGGGACUUGAAGUGGGGGGUGCCGGUGCCAGUUGAGGGGUUUACUAGCAAGGUGUUCUACGUGUGGUUCGACGCGCCGAUCGGCUACCUCAGCAUAACACAGAACGCGACACGACAAUACGAGAAAUGGUGGAAACCAGACAAGGAGUAUGAUGUGAAACUAUACCAGUUCAUGGCCAAAGACAACGUUCCGUUCCACACGAUUAUGUUCCCAGCGACACUGAUGGGCAUCAACGAAGGACACGUGCUGGUCAACCAUUUGUUCGCGACAGAGUACCUGAAUUAUGAAGAAGGCAAGUUCUCCAAAUCAAGAGGGGUGGGCGUUUUUGGCACAGAUGCACAGGAUACGGGUAUUCCAUCAGACGUGUGGCGGUUUUACCUGGCCAGCAUCAGGCCUGAGACCUCAGACUCCAGCUUCAGCUGGGUCGAGCUAGGAACCAGAAACAACUCGGAGCUCCUGAACAAUCUGGGCAACUUCUGUCAUCGCUCCUUAAGCUUCUGCGCGAACAGCUUCAAGGGAAAAGUGCCUGACGUCAUCCUGACGCCGAGUGACGCGGAAUUGGUGGCGUUGGUCAACAGAGAGAUAGUCGCAUACGUACAACACAUGGAGAAGGGCCGCCUUCGAGAGUCGCUGAGGCACGUGCUGUCGAUAUCCCGGCUCGGCAACCAGCACAUGCAGUCUGAACAGCCCUGGGUGCUCCUCAAGGGCUCUGACGACGACAAGCAGCGCGGUGCCACAGCCAUAGGCCUGUGUUGCCAGCUAGUGGCAGUGCUAUGCGCGCUUCUAGCGCCAUACGUACCUGACACAGUGCGCAAACUACGAGCGCAGUUGAAUGUCGAUGCUACAGCUCUGAGGAUCAACCCUAACAACCCAGCCAUGAUUCAGUAUCUGCCUUCCGGCCACGUGAUCGGCAAGCCGGAGCCUUUGUUCGCGAAGAUCGAGCCAGAAUUGCUGGAGAAACUAAAGGCCAAGUACGCUGGCACGCAGAGCGAGAGAGCUAACGUGAAUGGCGACGUGAAUAAGUCAGCUGCUGAAUUAGAAGCUGCCAUCGCGGAACAGGGCGACAAAGUCCGCAAGCUCAAAGCGUCGACCAAAGACAAGGCGGUGUGGCAGCCGGAAGUCGACAAGCUGUUACAACUUAAGAAGCAGUUGGCAGCCGCUCAGAGUUCACAACUUCAAACGACCACAGGCAGCAGUGGUCAAAGCGCCGCGGACUUGGAGAAAGCUAUUGCUGAACAGGGCGACAAAGUGCGCAAGCUCAAAGCGUCCACCAAAGACAAGGCGGUGUGGCAGCCGGAGCUCGACAAGCUGUUACAACUUAAGAAGCAGUUGGCGGCCGCUCAGUCAACUGCCAGUAGCGGUAGCGGUCAAAACUCGCAAACGAAGAGCGCCGCGGACUUAGAGAAAGCGAUUGCUGAACAGGGUGACAAAGUGCGCAAACUCAAAGCGUCGACCAAAGACAAGGCGGUGUGGCAACCAGAAGUGAACAUUCUACUGGAUCUGAAGAAACAACUCGCCAGUUUGCAAGUCAAAUAAAACAACAUAACAAUACAUUUCAUCUAUAAAUAUCCAUUUCAAAAACACAUUAGAAAAAUUUAGGAAAACCCAUAAGUGAUCCAGUUAUUUUUAUGGCCAAUCUGUGUUUCCAUGGCCGUAAGUUCGUAACUAUCAUAAAAAGCUACAUGACUACGUUUGGCGGAAAAAAGUGCUAGGAAGCGCUUGUAAGAAAAAUGGCGAUCACUAAGGCAGAUCAUUUAUUUUUUUAGCAUUGCCAGCGCUUCACCUAUUGCAGUAAUUUGUAUUCAAACAGAAAUAGAUGUACAGGGUGUGUCAAAUUGAUAGCAAUUGCGAUACACAGUGUGUUUUAUGUUGGUCAACCAUAAUUUAUUGAUUAAAUGUAUUUUAGUUACUUUUAAAACAGAUCUACUAUAGGUAUAUUUUAUUUAUGAAAGACAAUCUAUUGAAUAGAUGUUUAUUUAUGCAUUUUUGUAUUAUUGUUUCGAGCCGGUGUAAUAUUUUUUUCCUUGUUUGAUGUUAAACAUCAUUAUCAAUAGGCUUGUCACAAGUAUGUACAAAGUGAUCUAGUUAACUGCACACCUGGCAGCAGUGACGUCACAUCGACGCUUUAUUACGGACGGAGCAAACGUGGCGUGGGAGAGGUCGCGUUCCAGCUAGGUGCACAGUAAACUAGAUGAGUUUGUAAGCACCUUUAAUAUCCUGUGGUGUUUCUUUUACCGAUUUGUGUGUUCAGUGUACUGACGAGUAUUAGUGAGAAGUCUGCUAUUUAUUGUGUAGAGGGCAUAAGGAUGGGGCCGUAUCCAUACUUAAUUUAAGAAUUAUUUUUAUUAACCUACAUUUAAUAUUUAUGUAUUAGGGACGUUGAGGUGCACUCUGUAUAAAUUCUUUCAGGGAUUUAUUUAAGUAGUAGGUAAUUCCAUAAUGUAAAAGCGUAAUUUUGUAUUUGGAUACGGUAUGAUAUGUUACUUAAGGGCAGAGUACAAUGUGAAACGAGAUUGAAUUUGCAAUAUACGUAUUUAUAGUA